UGGUAAGUACCCAUUUUUGCUUUUGAGCUAUUUUUGUUCUUGUCUUGUACAAAAAUUCCAAGACUUUUUCGAUGUGUUUUGCUGAAUUUCAGUAGUUUCUAAUUGAAAACUGAGGAUUAGGGUUCUUGGGUUUUCGAUGCGUUUUGCUGAGUUUCAGUAGUUUUUAAUUGAAACUGAGGGGAUUAUGGUUCUUGGGUAAUUUGAAAUAUUUGUUGACAAAUGGAGAAAUCUGAUGGGUUUUUCAUUAGAAAAAGUCCAAGACUUCGUGGGGUGUUCAAUCUUGUGUGUUCCCUAGUCCUUGUGUUUAUGUUCUACAACCGUGAAGAUAUUGUGAGCAAUCCAAUUAUAAAGAAGUCAUCUUUAGUUUCUAGUCAGUGGAACCCAAGCAGUAGAUUUGAUGGUUAUUCUUCACAUACCCGAGUGGUUCGUCGAGGGAUGUUAGAAGUGAACGGGUCGGAUGCUGAUGAUUUGGUGGUAAAAAAGCCUCAGUUAUGUGCAGGAUUGUUUGAUCAUGUGGGGUUUAAAAGUAGUUGUGACUUCUUGAAAGUUCACCCGGAUUGCUCGUCUGGAGGGUUCUUUGAUUACCUUAAGUUCUAUUACUGUGGUUGUAAUGGAAGUGCGUGGGCGUUUGUAGUAUUUGGUGUCUGGCUUGCUGCAUUGUUCUAUCUUUUGGGUAACACUGCAGCUGAUUACUUUUGUGGUUCAUUGGAGAAACUGGCUAGUUUGUUGAAGCUAUCUCCUACAGUUGCUGGAGUUGUUUUGCUCCCGCUUGGUAAUGGUGCUCCGGAUGUAUUUGCGAGUAUUGCUGCGUUUGUAGGAAGUGGUGCUGGUGAUGUUGGGCUUAACAGUGUUCUAGGUGGGGCUGUGUUUGUUACUUGCGUUGUUGUGGGUGCUGUUUCUCUUUGUGUAGCUGAUCAGGAUGUUCAGGUUGACAAAAAAUGUUUUAUUAGGGAUAUUGCCUUUUUCAUUGUAACACUGAUGUCACUAUUAUUGAUCUUGAUAGUUGGUGAAGUUAGUGUUGGAGCAACUAUUGCAUUUGUAUUGAUCUAUGUUAUUUAUGCCUUUGUUGUUGCUGCCAAUGAGAUUUUGAGGAAGCAUGCUCGAAGAUUGAGAUUGGAUGUUGUUACUCCUUUGCUUCCUGUAAGAGGAAGUAUAUUUUCUGAAGGGACUCAGGAGGAGGAUUCUGUUUAUAGCACUUUGCUUGAUGUUGAGACAGAGGACAAUAACAUACAGUCACAUGGUUCCUUGCCUCAGUGGAUGUGGGCAUCCAAUGUGGCAAUAUAUUCUAAUCAGUCAUUGAGGGUGCAUGAUGGGGAAAGGCCUUUGUGGGGUUGGAUUGAUGAGGGUGUAGAAGUCAAGAGCCCAUCAUUUUCCUGCUCUCAGCUCUGUUCACUUCUAGAGUUGCCAUUGACUGUGCCAAGACGAUUAACCAUUCCAUUAGUUGAGGAAGAAACUUGGUCAAAACCAUACGCUGUAGGCAGUGCUACUUUAGCUCCUUUUCUUCUUGCAGCUUUAUGGAAUACUCAGGAUUAUGUGAGUUACCUAGGCAGAAGUGUUGCUAUAGUUCUUGGCAUUUCUGUUGGUUGCACACUGGGUAUACUUGCAUACAAGCAUACAAGAGCUGACCGUCCUCCGCAGAUAUUUUUGCUUCCAUGGGUUUUGGGGGGUUUUAUUAUGAGUAUCGUGUGGUUUUAUAUGAUUGCGAAUGAAUUGGUGGCACUGCUGGUUGGAUUGGGUGUUGUACUGGGGGUUAAUCCCUCUAUUCUUGGGCUCACUGUUUUGGCUUGGGGCAAUUCAAUGGGUGAUCUGGUCUCUAAUGUUGCUUUGGCGAUGAAUGGGGGAGAUGGUGUGCAGAUUGCUUUAUCUGGAUGCUAUGCAGGUCCCAUGUUCAAUACACUUAUUGGGAUAGGAAUCUCAUUAUUCCUCGGUGCCUGGUCAGAGAAACCUUCUUCAUUCAUACUUCCAGGGGAUAGAAGUUUGUUUUACACCAUAUGUUUUCUCUUGUUUGGUCUUUUAUGGGCCCUUGUUGUUCUUCCCAAGAAUGACAUGCGCCCUAACAAGAUGCUUGGUGUAGGCCUUAUCAUCAUUUAUUUGGUAUUUCUGUCUGUUAGACUGAGUAGUGCGAUAGGGAUUGUUUCAUUGUUUGGGGUUAGUGACUAAUAGUUGCAUGUUCAGAAAGGUUAGCAUUGAAAUCAUCUGAACUUGAGAUUCAGAUUGUCCCACUUCACUUGACUAGUGAACUUGAUUGGUAUCUUCAUCAUGGGACAAAGUUCCAAUAUAAGGAGCUUGUUAUGCUCAUCAAUGAUGUAUUCUGCUGUACAAAUACUCAUAAAGUAUGUGCUCUUCGACUCCUUUUUUGAGCCUUCUUC